AUGAUAAUCUGUACAUUUUUAAAGGGCAAUUUUUUUUCCCUCAUAUGUGUGUUAUUAUUUACGGUGAUGAUACAUAAAAAAAAGAGCGGUUGUCAAUAUGAAAUACAUAAAAUACAUAAUAGAAUGUUAUCUAAUGUAAUUGAAGGUUUUAGAAACACUUUUUCUAACCAUGAGAAAAAAAACAAAAUGAAAGCACAUUCAUGUAGGACAUUAAAUUGUACAGAACAAGGAAUUAAACCUCAUAAUUUAAGAAGAGCUGCCAAGGAAUAUACUCCUGAUGAAAUACGAAAUAUUAUGUGUACCUUUGAUAAAACUGUAAGUAAAAAUGUUAUGUAUGAUACAUAUUACAAAUUACAUGAUUAUCAAAGGAAAAAAUUUCUUCGUAUGGUAGAUGAAAUUUGGGAAUUUACAAUUACAUUUGCAAAAGAAAAUAAAAUAUCCGAAAAUUAUAGAUCCAAAUAUUUUUGGGAAUGUAAUAAUAUCCUUCAAUCCAAUUUAACAAAAAUGGAUAAUGAUGAUAAAGGCAAUUUUGAUAAAUUUUUAGAAUCUCAGCCCGACCCAUGUCCAACCCAAGAAUUUGUUACAUUCAUGGAUAAUAAGAUAAAGUUAUGGGAUGAAUUUAUGCCAAAAAAGAAAAAUGAUUUGAUGCUUAUUUUGAAGGAAAGGUUACAAAGGUAUUAA